CAUCUAAACUCCAGCGAAAGAAAUCUUGACGAGAUCAUCGUCCUUUUUUUUUCUUCAACUGGGUACCACGAGGAUUCCACCAGUCCUAUUUUCAAGGCAGUAAGAAGUAGCAAUAGAUAGCACAGUUAUAACAGGCGUAGACAGUGUAAGUCAAUGAAAGUUAUUUCCAUGAAAUGAUGAAAGUUCGUUUAUAAUGGUGAUUGAUCGAAGAUAAUUCAGUCACGGAUGGCUGAGAGUUCAAAGGUUUUUCUAGCUCUAGAAAAUUGAAGACUGAAAAAUAGUGGAUACGAGAAGGAGCCAUGCGAUGCACUGACUUUAUUUCAUUGGUGUUGUCCGUGUCGUAUGUCACCUGUGGAGGUAUUUGGUGUUAUGAAUACGUAGGUUGCUAUAAAGAUUCGGACCCCAGAGAUCUCCCACAAAGAGUUCACGGCCGUGAAGUGACAGUAAAAUCGUGCGCCAAGAGCUGCAAGGACCUGUUUUAUAGAUUCGCUGGCCUUCAGUUUUCAUAUCUCUGCUUCUGUGGUAACAAGCGAGGGCGGUACGGUCUGCUGCCGGAGUGGAAGUGUUCGAGUGAAUGUACCAAUAAAGAAGACAAGCAUUGUGGAGGAUACUGGAGUAACUCCAUUUACAAAACAGGUUAUGAUCCACCGGCUGGUGUCAAGAUAACUCCACUGCUAACAAAAGCCUUAGCUGAUCUCAAACCGCAUGUAAAUGCUACCAACCACACGAAGGAACACAAGAAGGCUAAAAGUACCAACCACUGACUGAAAGAGAGAACGGAACUCUGGCAUCCCAGGACAUAUCUCGCUGUUCUGUUUGUUUUCUUGGCUUGACUUCCUUGAAUGUUUUAGAUGUUGAAUAAAACUGGUAGUGCUUUUU